GCUCGCACGCUUCUUCUUACGCCUUGUUUCGGCCGAAUUGUACACGUUUUUGCUGCAAUUCUGUUGGCAUUUUCUCUUCGGUUUGCGCAUAUAAUCAAUCUGAAUAAAAUUCGCACUCAAACGCAGUAAAAAUGGCAUUAACGUCACGUUUCUACAACGAAAAAUAUCCGGAGAUUGAAGAUGUCGUCAUGGUGAACGUGCUCUCAAUCGCCGAAAUGGGCGCAUACGUUCAUUUGCUGGAGUACAACAACAUUGAGGGCAUGAUCUUGCUGUCGGAGCUGUCUCGUCGUCGUAUUCGUUCCAUUAACAAAUUGAUACGUGUCGGCAAAACAGAGCCGGUCGUCGUCAUUCGUGUGGAUAAGGAGAAGGGCUACAUUGAUCUAUCCAAGCGUCGCGUUUCACCGGAAGAUGUGGAGAAAUGUACUGAGAGAUUUGCAAAAGCAAAGGCAAUCAACUCACUGUUGCGUCAUGUGGCUGACAUUUUGGGCUAUGAUAGCAGCGACAAGCUCGAGGAACUGUAUCAGAAGACCGCCUGGUAUUUUGAAAAGAAAUACAACAGCAAAACGGUCGCAUAUGACAUCUUCAAGCAAUCGGUUACCGAUCCAUCUGUCUUUGAUGAAUGCAAUCUGGACGCAGAGACCAAGGAGGUGCUACUGAGCAACAUAAAACGCAAACUCGUCUCGCCCACAGUCAAAAUACGCGCAGACAUUGAGUGCUCUUGCUACGGCUACGAGGGCAUCGAUGCAGUCAAGGCAUCGCUCAGCAAAGGCCUGGAGCUGAGCACAGAGGAGCUGCCCAUCCGCAUCAAUCUCAUAGCGCCGCCGCUCUAUGUAAUGACCACAUCCACCACAAAGAAAACAGACGGACUCAAAGCCCUGGAGGUGGCCAUCGAGAGCAUACGCGCCAAGAUCAUUGAGUAUGAGGGCGAGUUUAAGGUGAUUAUGGCGCCUAAACUGGUUACGGCCAUUGAUGAGGCCGAUCUGGCGCGUCGCCUGGAGCGUGCCGAGGCUGAGAAUGCCCAAGUCGCUGGCGAUGAUGACGAGGAGGAUGCUGCCGAUCAGGAGGGCAUGCAGUUCGAUCCCGAAAAGGAGUUCAAUCACAAAAACUCGGCCGCGCGCACCAACGAGGGCGACGAAGAUGACGAUGAAGACGAAGAGUAAAUGAAAAACAUUUCUAGAAAGCAACCAAUUCGACCUGAAGCAACAACACCCAGCAUUGAAAGAUGAAAAGAUAGAAAAAAAAAACAGAACAAUUAAUAAAUUAUAAUGUACAUUAUA